UUUACCUUCCAUGAAGAUGUUUCUUCUAGCAGUCUUAGGCAUGCUUUUGUUGAGUAGGGGUGGUUUAAGCGAUGAUCUUUCGAACGAUCUACUCUACAACUGGAGAUUGGAUCGGAUUCUGAAGCUGGAUUUGCCGAAGGAGUCAUUCCAUGAAAAAUACUUUGACUCGCAAAACAAAGCGGAUGGCGGUAGUUCUGACGUUGAGCACCAAGAGGAAUUCGGAUUGCCCUUAACACCGGAUGAAUUCGAAGCUGCGCAAACUCUUCCAGAAAAAUUCUUUGCUCCGGAGAAAGGAACUGAUCCACUUCACAAGUCAGGGUACUUCGAGGGUGACAUCAAAGAUCCGAAAUUGGUUCAAGAGAGAAAUGCCAUACGAGAUAGCCACAUGAAAUGGCCGAGAGGUGUCAUUCCAUAUGUCAUAGCCAACACAUUUAAUCACCAGGAACGAAGUAUUAUUGCUCGAGCAAUAGAGGAGUACCACAAAAGCACUUGUAUUCGAUUUGUGCCAAGGAGUAACGAAGUGGAUUUUGUUUUCGUCACUCGCAGAGAAGGGUGCUUCUCCAUGAUUGGCAGAGACGGUGGUCAACAACUGCUAUCCCUCGGCGAUGGUUGUAUGUUCGUGGGCAUCAUUAUCCACGAAUUCAUGCAUGCAGUAGGUUUCUGGCACGAGCAAAGCAGGGCAGACAGGGAUAAUUACGUCACCAUUUUAUGGGAAAAUGUUCAGGAAGGUCAGACGCACAACUUUGCUAAGUACACGGACGGUCGCCUCCACCAUCUUAAUGAGCCUUACGACUACAGCUCCAUCAUGCAUUACGGACCUUACGAUUUCACCAAGUACCGCAACAGACCCACCAUCCUACCCAAACAGAGAAAUGUGAUGAUUGGACAGAGAUCAGGAUUUAGUCCAACCGACCUCAGGAAGAUCAAUAAAUUGUACCAGUGCGGAUCUUUACACAAAGACGUAUGUGAGGACAAAGAUAGUCAGUGCAGAGGAUGGGCUGAACUUGGGGAAUGCAAAAAGAAUCCUAAAUGGAUGCUUACCAACUGCAGGAAGUCUUGCAAUCAAUGCCGAAUGCUGCUGGGGUCUAUAGAAGGAACAAACACGACUCUUCUGACUUGAGUUAUGACGGACUAUUUUCAUCAUCAGCAGUGUUUCUUUCAAAAUUUUGAUACCAAAAUCUCAUUGACAUUCAUAAU